AUGUUCCGCACUCGGCACUUUGCUCACGUUUCACUGAUGACUGCGCGAGUCAUGGCUUGUCGGUUAGGAAGGGUCUUGCUUGUUACAGCAAAUGUUGGAUCACUUUUUGAACAAGACUGUCAGCUUCAAGACGUGUGGUUGAGAACUUUUACGGAGAGGAUUGACGAAGAAAGUGCUGACAUUGUGGUUAUUCACAUGCAAGAAACAGGAGGAAAACACUAUGUUGAAUGUGCUUGGCAAGUACCGAAGCUUAUUGAUGAACUUGCUUCACGAAUGCAUAUGUAUCCUGCAGUGCAAACAUAUCUAGAUUUGGAUCAUGAAGCACCCGAUUUCACCGCAUUGGGAUGUGUUGUUCUCGUCAAAGCUGGAUCUAUUGGUUUGGUGUCACAGUUCAAUUUCUCAUCUUCUGUUUACGUACCAGUUGAGAGAGGAGUGAAUAUUAACCUCGAAGGGCUAGAAUCCUCUCCACUUAUUAUUAAAAGAAAGUUUCCGAAGCACUUCUGGCCAACUUUUAAAUGGAGUCGAAAAGGAUAUAUGCAAACACGUUGGAAAAUGAACAAUAUCGUUGUACGAUGUGCUGUUGGAACAAGCAGGCCAUUCCCUGUACGAGUAGGGGUUCAUCAGGGUUCAUCCCUCUCACCUCUGCUGUUCAUACUGUGCAUGGACACGAUAACGAAGGAAAUCCAGAAGCAGCAUCCGUGGACUCUACUCUUUGCCGACGAUGUCAUGCUCGCGUCGGAGUCUCGAGAUGAUCUUCAGAAACAAGUGCAGUCUUGGAAGGAUCAGCUGCAGCAAUAUGGAUUGCGCCUCAACACAUCAAAAACUGAGUACAUGGAGUGCGGACCCAGGAUAGAGGAUGGUUCAAUUCGUGUUGAUGGCACCGAAUUAAACAAGGUGAACUGCUUCAAGUACCUUGGAUCCAAAGUGACUUCCACAGGCGACAUUGAUCAAGAGGGUCGAGCACGUGUUAAUGCUGCAUGGAUGAAAUGGAAAAUGGCAACAGGGGUACUAUGCGACAAGAAAGUCCCUGUUCGACUGAAGUCGAAGAUCUACAGGACGGUUGUGCGUCCUGUUGCCCUUUACGGAUGCGAGUGCUGGCCGACAACGAAAGCCUUGGAAAGAGUGCUGCACGCUAUGGAGAUGCGGAUGUUGAGGUGGACGAUAGGUGUAACGCUAAAAGAGAAAGUAUCCAACGACACUGUGCGCUCCAUCUUCGGUGUCGUCCCGAUAACUGAGAAGAUGGAGGCGCGCCUGAGAUGGUUUGGUCACGUAUUGCGGCGGGAGGAAGAUUCUGUUGCCAAAACCGCUCUGAAGCCCGACGUUUCAGGAGUGAGGCCGCGCGGGAGGCCAAAGAUUCGCUGGUUAGACCGUCGUCGUGUGAAGCUGGAUAUGAUAGAUGCACGUUUGUGUACGGCUGAUGCAAUGGAUAGAACCAAAUGGAAGACAAGAAGCAGAAAAGCGGACCCUGCAACAACGCGGGACAAACGCUAG